GUUCGUGCACCAUGGUGCGGACGAAUCGCAGCGCAUCGAUCUUAAAGGUGCAGGCGGACGCUUAAUAGAUCCGUUAACGAAAUUGUGUGACCGGAAAUUGAGCUGCAUGGAUGACCCUCACUCUCGAAGUCCGUAUAAAUUACAAACAGCUCCAUGGAAAAUUCCUGUGACGAUUGUGGAUGGACUUCACCUAAAGAGAAUUCUGACCGUCAAGUUGUGUUUUGUUUGGGGAAUUUGCAACCAGACAGUAUGAAAGCAAUGAGGAUUAGAAUUGUAAAUGAGAGAGCGACAGGAACAAAGCACAAACUUGAGGAGGUAACGACAUUGUCCCCAAGUCCUAAGAGAAUACACACUGCUGUGUUUAGCUGCAGCACUCCUUGCUCUUCAAGCCGUUUACAAGCGUACAACUGUCCCUUACGCACUGAUUUUGCUCCCUGCACCACUGAUGUAUCUCCUUGCCAUAAUCUGAAUGUGGUAUCCAAGCAGUCUAAUGAAUGGGAUGACUCUUUAUUGGAUCUCUCAGAUAAUGAGAGUGAUUCCCCCUUAUAUUUGACUGUGGAUCAGAUUGAGUCAUUAUUGGAAGAUGACUCCUGCUGUACUGCUGAGCCUUCAGGUUGGGAAAGCGAGGUGGAAGUUUCUAAACAAACUGUGAUUCAGGUGCCUUCCGACAGAACUCUGCUCCCUCUAAAGUCUCAAAACUGUGAUGUGGAAAAUAAUGCCCCUCAUCCUAAGCAAGAAGACAGUACUUUAAUUGGGACAGUGGAGAGUGAAGAGGAGGAUAACUAUGCUGCAAUGAUUCCAUCCCCCUGCCCAUCAUUGCCCUCUAAUGAACUGCUGGAUGAGGUACCUAGAGAUAACUCCUCUGAUUUGUACACCAUGAGGGCUCCAUCUCCUUGUAAAUCAGUGGUAGAGAGAUUAAUUCUAGAUAGUGGAUCUGGAGCCUCUUCACUGCCAAACAACUUUUUGCAUCAGCCUGGUUUUAACAUGGGGGAUACCACCAGAAAUCAAGGUUCUACUGCUUGUGCUACUAAGGUCCCAUGUAUUACAAACACUACACGAAUGGGCUCUGAUGUUGCUGAAAUACAGAGUGAGGGUUCUGAUUUGCCUUUUGACUGUGACAUUGAUGAUAUCCUAGCUCUAAGUCCUGGGGAUAGCUCAUCGGCAGAAGAAGACUGCACGCUUGUUGUCUACCCCAGCUGCCAGAAGUUGGGGUUGGACAUGUCUGACUCUACAGUCUCCACAGUGCCUUCCAACUCUCUCCAGUUGCCUAGUUCCUUCGCUACUGUUAAAGCUUCAGACAACCCACAGCUUCCCUUUUCAUUUAAUAACAGACUGUGUCCCAAAGUGCUACCGAUAGCUAUGGGGAAGUCCUCUAUUCUCGCAGAACAGACGGUGAUUACAGAUUCAUGCAGUCUGAAACAAAACGGGCAAGAGGUGGACCCUGGCCGUUCUGUUGUCUCCCCUGAUCAGCCGUCCCUCACUGAAGUUGAACAGGAGAACAAGUCUGUUGAAGCUCCUCCAAGUAUUCCUGAUGGCAAUUACAUUGCAGAGAACCAAAAUCCAUCCCCGGAAUCAUCUUCUGUAGCCCGCAAAACGUCAGUAGUUCCUGUCAAGCCAGAAACAAGGAAACUGGGGAGUGUAGCUCCUUUACCAAAACCCACCUUCAGACCACAAGUUUCUCUGUGUCAGCUAAAGGAAAACCAAAAACAGUACUUUGACCGUGUAGAAAUGCACCUUGACGGACUUAGUACAUCAGAAGAUCCCAAUUAUGAGCUGGCCUCAUUACUGAACAGGAUCAGCAGAGAACACCCCAGUUGGCAGCACCCAUCUGAUUUUACCAGGAGAAAUCACCCCCGAACUGGUAGGAAGAGAUCUAAAUGGUGCACCUUGGACAGAUGGGUGCUACAAAAUGGAGGCAACAAGCAGCGCUUCCAGGAUUUGCCCUGCACAUUUCAAAGAAGCCCAAUUCCUGAUGUCCUCCCUUCUAGGCCAUUGUAACAUUACACUUGUAUGGUGUGUCCUGCCCUACCUUUAUGUACCCGAUAGCAGUAGAAGGAUGCAGCCAUGGUGAGAACAUAUUUCCUAUGAGUGUUCGUUCAGUUUGUAUAUAUAUAUUGUUAUAAUUCUGUUUUGGUUUUAUUGUCUUUGAUGGGCAUUUUAUAUCUUGUGAAAGCUGUACUGGCCCUGAUGUUUACUUUUUAAUAAAUUGUUUUCACACUU